CCAAGCUGAGCUGCCGUAGUGCGUCACAUGUUGACUAGGUCUGCUAGUUGAUGCUAACGAAAGCUUGACAGAAUUUAGAAAGUCAUAGGCAAAAACGAUUUAUUAUGAAGACAACUGUUCAGUUGCUGUCGGCACUGUGUACUUUGCUUUAAAAUGCCUUAAUAUCUCCGUGUAUGGUUGGAUAAAACACACCUGUUAAUGUUUUAUUUAUUCUGACGAGCUAAUGUAGUUAGCCUGUUUGCUAGCCAGGAAGAAUUGACAUCUCACUGUUGGCUUCAGGUUAGCGAACAUAACGUUAGUCAACAUAGGAGCUAAAAUAAAGAGCUCCAGAUGCGGCUAAAGGACCCCUUCUCUUUGAAAGCCGCCGAUAUGACUAAGCGGACUAAUAAACCGAGGAAACCUCGAGAUGAGGAGUCAUCAGAUGAAGUCAGUGGGUUGACUUGCCAGCAUGUGAGUAAGGCAGUAGACCUGAGCUCAGUGAAGAAAUCCGUGCUCUCCAGCGUGUGGUUGGUGUGCUCUGAGUGUCUGAAGGAGAGGACCAUGAUUGAUGGAGAGCCAGCAGCAUCCCAUGACAUUCUGGUGUGCUUAAAGUGUGGUUUCCAGAGCUGUAACCAGUCAGGGAUCCAGCAUGCUGUCAAGCACCACCAAGCGUUCCAUCCAGAGUCUCACUGCAUCACCAUCAGCUUGAGCUCAUGGAAGGCCUGGUGUUUUGAAUGUAAUGAGGAGCUCUCCACUCACUGCAACAAGAAGGCUUUGGCUCAGACCCUGGACUUUUUACAAAAGCACUCUGUCAAGGCAACAUUAGGAGCAUCACCCAAGAUCAUCAAGCUGCAAGAGGAACCAUCAGAUUAUACUGACCCGCUCAAAGGCAAGAGUCCAGCUAUCAACAGCACCUUGGUCCCUGUCAAAGGCAUAAAUAACCUUGGUAACACCUGCUUCUUCAAUGCUGUUAUGCAGAACCUGUCUCAGACACACAUGCUCAUCGACCUCAUCCAGGAGGUGAAGGAGAAAGGGUACAAACUGAGGAUUUGUCCCCCUGUUGAGACCAAUUUGAGUCCAUUGACCGUAACGCUGCCCAGUCCAGAGCCCCUGACUGCAGCCAUGUUUCUCUUCCUUCAGAGCAUGAAAGAACCAGGGAAAGGCCCUCUCAAUCCCAAGAUGCUCUUCAACCAGCUCUGCCAGAAGGCUCCGCGCUUCAAGGGCUACCAACAACAAGACAGCCAGGAGCUUCUGCACUACCUAAUGGACUCCAUACGAGUAGAGGAAACUAAAAUUUCCACAGUGAAGGAGGCUUUCAUAGACAUCUCUUUACCCAUCAUAGAGGAGAGGAUAUCAAAACCAUCCAACCCUGGUAGACUGGGGAAGGGCAGCCGGGAGCAGGACACCCAUGUGACUCACAGUGACCAGGUUCUUUCUGCGGCGCACUCUGUCAACAGAAACACCAGGAAGCUGAGCGGACAGAAGCAGCAGAGCAGGAGGUCUUCAAGCUCUGUGGAGGAGAAGGGAGCAGGCUGCAGUGCGGAGCGUCCAGAGGAGGAGGGGGUAGCUGGUGGAUCGGCCCGUGGUAUCUCAGUUUGCAAGAUGGCUGCUGCCGGCAGCCUAUCAGAUGGCAGUGAAAGAGACUCAGGUGCUCAGGACAGCAGUAAUGACGCUGACAGUGAAGCAUCGGAGAGCGAGUGGGCUCCACGCACCUCUUCCUCCAGUCACGGGCACAUGUCCACCCCAUCUUCCAUUUCCACCCUCACUCCAUCUCCUACGCCCGUCUCUGCCUCCUCCCCCUCACCGUCAUCCUCCACGAGGCCAGGUGGCGCUGUAGAGCAGCUAGUUACUGCAGUGUCUAAAGUAAACCUUGGGUUUACUUCUGGGGACUGCUCUCCCUCUACACAAUGUUCUCCAGAGGAGCAGGGAGAAACGCAAUCACGGGAUAACCUCCACCAUCAACACCACCAGGGGGCCUUCCAGGUGCUGUCCCACAGUUACACACCCAGCUCCAAGGAGUGCUCCAUCCAGUCCUGCCUCCACCAGUUCACCUCUGUGGAACUGCUGAUGGGCAACAACAAGCUGCUGUGUGAGAGCUGCACUGAACGCAGACAGAAACAGCUGCGCAAGAGCAGCUCAGCCGAUAAGAAGGUGGAGAAGAUUUACACCAGCGCUAGGAAGCAAAUGCUGAUAUCCUCGCUGCCUCCUGUCAUCACAUUGCAUCUUAAACGCUUCCAUCAGGCAGGGAUGAACUUACGAAAAGUGAACCGCCAUGUUGACUUUCCCCUGGUCUUGGAUCUGGCACCUUUCUGUUCGGCAACCUGCAAGAACCUGGCAGCUGGUGAGCGCGUCAUCUACAGUCUUUAUGGGAUUGUUGAACAUAGUGGCUCAAUGCGGGGGGGCCACUACACCGCAUAUGUAAAAGUGCGUUCUCCCCAGAGGAAAACAGAACAACACCACAGGAACUUGUCAGGUGCGAGGGAUGCCAGCAGCAGCUCCCAGGGCCAGUGGGUGUACAUCAGUGACACCACGGUUCAGACGGUACCAGAGUCAAGAGUACUCAACUCUCAGGCAUACCUGCUCUUCUACGAGGAAAUGUUGUAAUGUGACUACCAAACAUUUUCCCCCUACACCUCUGUUUUCCUUAGUUUUGCUUUUGGUACAUGUCUGCACCACUCCUCUUACUGUAUGAGUAGGUGGAGGGAAGAUAAGGGAAAGACUUCACUGUACACACUCAUUCAUCUUACAUGAGAGAAAUACCACCGUGUCAGUUGCGUACAAAUUCUCAGUUAGAAUUGGCACUUUUGAAUAUCUUAGAUAUAUAAAAAGAUAAACAUCAGAUGUUAAAGUUAUUAUCUGCUUUGAUAAAGUCCAUUAUUCAUUCAUGUUUCCUGUUUUAAAAAUCCUACCCUUUAAAAAGAGGUCUAUAGUGUGUUCCUGAACCUGAGUUGUUCUAAGUUUAUCAUCUAUCUCCAUCACGAGCCUGAGGUGUUACUGCAUGAGGAAGUUUGCUAUAGAAGCAGGAAAUACUACAAAAUUAUCGCAUGCUAAACUGCGCUUAGCACUGACUAGUUGAUGUCAAUUGUGCGGCGUGUGUGUAUGUGCACACAUACACACAUGUAUGAAUGAAUGAGUGAGUGAGAGACAGGAGAAUGUAGAUUUAAGGUGCUAUGUGUAUCAUUGAUGCAUCAGCAAACCAUUGCCACAUUAAAUUUGAGUUAGCAUCAUACUGUCUGUGUAAUUAACAUAAACACUCACGACCAUUAUGAAGAAGACUGGCUUUGCUGUCUGCAUUCUCCACAAAGGGGUUCCCAUUGUGUGGCACUGGCUCAGAUUUGUGUGUUUGAUUGUUUCUGGUAGUGGCAGAUGAUAGAUGGUAAGAAAUGCCAAGAGAAAAAAUGAAUUUUUUUAGUGAAGAGAAUGAUGCAUAAGGACAAGUAGCAGUAUCAUUUGUGACUGAGAUUGUGGGAAAUAUGGUUGUACAUUUGAGAAACUCAAGCACAAACAAUACAGCACCAAUGGAGUUAAAAAUGACUCGUAAUUGUCAUAUUUAUUUAUAAUAAUAAUAACAACAAAUCUAUCACAUCGUAUAGUGGUUUACAUAGACAUACUGGUUUAAAUAUCUACACAUAGCAUCCUUAAGGAGUAGCACAAACAUUAUAUUACAUCCUGCUUUGAAUGGAUUGUUCCUUUUUUUUAUUUUUACAUCAGAAUGUAUAAAUGUAAGAUCAGUAAAUUACAUUUGCCAAAGACGGGUUUUGCAACUGCAUGUCAGAGCAGAAAAUACAGAACCAAACAUACAAGAAUACUUCAUACAGAGUUUCUUUAACAUUUGUUCUCUCAAGGUCCUCAGUAUGGUUCUCGAGUUUUGUUGCACAAACAUGUUGUUUAUCUGACCAACAAAGCACCUUGUCUGCCUUCAUUGUAUUUCAGCUCUACUGUAACUGUGUUGGCGCACACAAAAACCCAUUAAUGCACUCAGCAAAGAGUCAGUGCUGUGACAAUAACUAUCAUUAAGGUUGAGCAAAAAAAGAUGAAAUAAAAAAACUCAAAGGCUUUAAGCCUGAUUAGAAAAACAUAUUUGCUGUAUUGUGCAUGGGUUAAUGUUCUAAUGAAUGUUUUGCCUAUUCUUGAAAUGUUGUCAAAUGAGCUGUUCAUCUUUUUCUAUGAAAAUAUUUUAGAUGAAAAAAAAAAUUAUUGCUUGUUGGACAUUUGCCAAAACAGUAGAAGGGAAAGGGUUGAAAACGUGUCAGAAUCUAGAGGUUUAUUAUUUUCUUUUGAACAAGGAUAAAUUCAGUGCCUAUGCUUCAGGUUUAGGAAACCUGUGCAUGGUGAGAAGAAAAAUAUAUCCUUAGUCAAACGCAAAGAGGAAUAUGUGUGGCAUAUUUAUGUACAGUAUAACUUACUGUAAGCAAAAAUAAUGAGUAUAUGUUGUACAUACUAGAAUCAAUCCAAAACCAUGGUGCUUCAGGCGUGCAGGGUUUUUCCUCAAGACACAAUUGUUUCCAGAAAAUCAUUUGAUUUCAGUUAUUAAAUGAUAAAAAUUUGGAAUGAGUAUAACUACAUACUGUAAAAAAAAAUAAAUCUAAUUUAUGAACUGAA